AUGCGCAGAUUUCCUGGCGGUCGUGGCGGCGAGAGUCCUACAUCGAGAGGCGCCCGCACCCCCAGCCGCUUUGCAGAGGAAGCCCCCCGCGCCGGCGAUGGCGGCAUCCGCGUGGAAGAGAGAACUGACAUGGGCGAGCGCUACCUCGUUGACCUCACCACGGGCGAAAAAGUCAUCCCCGGAUCCCGCCGCCCAGACGGCACCUACAGAAAGGAAAUUCGAGUCCGCGCCGGGUACACGCCUCUGGAUGAACGUCGGACGUUUCAGACGCGGCAGCAGCUCUCGAGGAACGAGCGCCAGGCGACCGGCGCGCGCGGAGGCGUGCCUGGCGCCACCUUCGCGGGCUUCCCUCCGGGGUACGCGCCGCCGGCCGCCGGCGCGUCCCCCAACAGCAAGUCGCCGGGGAGCGCGGCUGCCAAGAAGACUCGGAAGGGCGGUGACGAGGAGAAGAAGAGGGAGCAGAGAGCAGAGGACUCCCACGACGCGAAGAAAGCAGCGGACGCGGAGGCAAAACUCGCCGGGCAAGGCGUAGACGCGCUGACCCAAGGCAUGCAGGACUUGAGCGUCCGCGGCGGCCACGCCGACAAAAACCCAGAGGCUUCAGAGAGCGACACUCUUAAGAAAAAAGUGAGGAACCUGAAGAAGAAGCUCAAGGAGAUCGAAGCGCUCCAGCAGAAGGUGAAGGACUGCCAGGCGCUCGGCGCAGAACAAAUGGCUAAGCUGCAACGCAAAAGCGAGGUCGAAACGGAGUUGUCUGAAGCGGAACGCCGCCUGGCCGAGCUGGAGAAGCAGUGA